AAAUCUGAUUGCUGUAAAGAGACACCAUCCAGAAAAUGGCAGCUUCAAAGGUCCUCUUCUUCUUCAUGCUAUGGAUUACUGUGGUCUUCACAUUUGUACAUGGAUGCCCUGAAGUCUGUAAUUGCUCGAACAAAUAUGGUCAAGAGUUUGCUGAUUGUUCCUACAAGGAGUUAACCAAAAUCCCAAGUGGUGUACCUCCUAGUGUCGCACACUUGAACGUGGCAUUUAACAAGAUCAGUGUGAUACCAUUCAGGAGUUUCCACAAUGUCACCAAAGUGAUGUCUCUGUGGUUGUCCUGCAAUAUGAUCACCACCAUUGAACAAGGGGCAGUUGCCCCUUUGGCUAAUCUGCGUGAUUUUGACAUCAGCCACAAUAAUAUUGUACACUUUCCUUGGCCGGAUCUACAGACCCUUACAGCUCUGCAGGUGUUGAAGAUGAACCACAACAAGAUGUUCAACUUGCCAAGGGAUGCCUUCUCCACUCUGAAAGACCUGAGCUCCCUUCAUCUUCACAACAACAAAUUCUUAACCAUAGCUGACGGCACAUUUAAUGGCUCGAUUUCUUUGUCUCACUUACAGAUUUAUAACAAUCCAUUUGCAUGUACUUGCUCCCUAAACUGGCUUAGACACUGGAUUUUAACAACCACUGUCUCGGUUCCAGUUUCCCAACUAAUUACUUGUGCAACACCUGAGAAUCUCAAAGGUGAGGAGAUUACAAAUUUGCCAGAGUCAAAAUGCACAAGCCCAAAAGUCACUAUAAAAUCAGAGCUGAAUAUCCAGAACAGAACUGUUUUUGAAGGUAGCGCCUUGAUACUGAUUUGCAAAUUUGAGGGCAACCCAAAGCCACUGGUAAUCUGGAAUAUAGGCAGCAAGAUCCAUCAGAAAGAGAUGGUUUUGUUCCAUUCUGAGGAUGACACAUCAGAAUCCACCGUGGAUUCUUCAUCAGUUAAACAUCCUAUCAAAGUGUACAGCAAUGGCACCCUUAUUAUUUCACACCUUAGGAUGGAAGACAGUGGCAACUACAGCUGUUCAGCCACAAAUGAACUUGGAAAAGCUGAUGAUUUGGUAUCAGUGGAGGUGUUGGCUUCACCCAAACCAACACAGUUAAAAGAAACAACUACAGCAUCCUUUUAUACGAAGACAUACUCAACUUCACACGUUAUAAUGAAGAAACCAUUUCUUACUGAUCCUGUUCACCUCCUCGAUUUAAGGGUGGUUGAGAUGAUGCCCAUUGCUCCCACAUCCACACCUGGUGUAGUCUUCAAUUCUAAGUAUUAUGACCAGCAGCCAAGACACCUAUCACCUCCCACAAAAUGUGGCUUGACAGUAAAUACAAGAUCUGUCCAUGUUUUUAACAGCAGUCUGGAUGACUUCAGCCAGUACAUGUCUGACUUUGGAAUCAUUGCCUUAAAGGUGUCAGAAACACAGGCAAUAGUACGUUUCAACCCUCUUCUUGUACCAGGAUACAAAAGUGCCAACCAUGCUCCUGCGACUAAUACUACCAUUACCACCCCUGAGACCUUCCAUGCUGUGAGACAAGAUCAACUGUUGGAUGUUCCUUCAAGCAUCAAGGCUAACGGAUUGUACCUGUGUGUUACUGCUGCCACCAAAGACUCGGCUUUGCAGUGGGCGAGGAUCAAAGAAGGUGUUGACACAAAUCUGUUUGGUGGCUUGCAACCCAGUACCAACUACUCCCUGUGUCUGACCUACAGAGGCGAGGACUGUGACGUCCAGGUGUUGUUCACCACCAGGAGAAAGGCACCCAACAUGCAGGUCAUCAUCUCGGUCAGCAUCUGCCUUCUGACUGUGUCUACUGUUCCUCUGUUCCUGGCAACAUGUUUCCACUUGGUGUAUAAAUACCACAGCAAGACACGCCAGCUGUUCCUGAAAGCCAAAGGCCAGUGCCACAUGGAAAGAACCCUCACUGCCAACUUCAGCUUCUACACAGCUCACACUGAGUCACAAAGAAGGCUGGAUGAGGAAGAAGGGGAAAUGGGAAAUGAACAUGAAACAAAAGAGGAGGACAUGGAGGAAACUGUUGUGGCUGAGUCGUUCACAUUUUCUCAGAGUAGAGGCAACUUGAAUGAUGCUGAAUCUGACUAACGUAAUGAGCUGCCUUUGGGAGCUGAAGCAGUGAAUAUUACAAGCACACUGAAGAAAGUCGGGGAAUAAAAUAACGGCUUGUACCCAAUUUGUUGGUCAACAUGGAAGGACACAAAGUGGCCUUAUAGAAGAGCCCAGGCAAGGUCCAAAGGCAGAGAAGGGCACUGGG